CGCCGUCUCGCGGUUGACCAUCCACGGGCGACGUCGUUGUCGUCGUCGUCGUCGUCGACGUUGUUCACCGUCACCGAUGCCGCCGCCACGAUAGUUGCAGGACCCCAACUGUGGCACGCUCAUACCUAUUAUUUCGUUUCAAUUAAUUUAAAUAAGAUGAAGAUUCAAAAAUCAGAUGUCAUGAUACGGACAAGCUUACUGAUUGUUCAAAUGAUAAUCAUUGCUCUCAAUCUGGUCCUGAUUGUGAUUGUAAUCAACAAAAGAAAAUGCAAGACGAUUUCAUUGAGUAUGUGGACGUUAUUGGUAACUAUGAUAAUCGGCUCCAUAAUACUAGAUAUUGAAGUAAUUUUMCAGUACUUCACGCCAACAUUACCAUUAUGUCUUUUAACACCAUGGCUCCGAGAAUUGGGGUUUGUGAUAUUCUACGGCGCGAUCGAUCUGAAACUGUAUAGGAUUCUGAUGCAAUUUCGAACUAGAAAAGCGCAUUGUUGGACAAUUACUGACAAAGAUCUGCUGAAAUAUUUAUUGUUUGGUGUUAUUGUGGUCAUUGUUUACCUAGCUGCCUGGACUGCAGUAAGUCUUAAUUUCUUUAAUGAAGGAUGGGUCCUCUUGAUCCACGUUGAAACUGAAGAUGGCUUAUUGUACACUACUUGUAAACCACAGUGGUGGAAUCACGUUACAGAAUUCGGUGAACUAUUGAUUUUAACCAUGGGCUUAUAUUAUGGAAAUUCAGCACGUAAUGCCCGUGUUCAGUUUGAAGAACGGCGUUUUCUUUUUUACGCAAUCAUAGCGGAAUUAACGUUUAGUACUAUCCAUAAUGCUAUCCGUACAGUGAAUCCAAUACUAUUCCACCAAGAUGUGACAUUCAUAGCUGCCUUUUUACGCAGCCUGUUGACAAACACUCUUGCACUGAUCAUCAUAUUCGCACCAAAGAUAUGGUAUCAAAAAAAAGUUAACGCGGAACUCCGGCAUUCGGCUUUAAAUCAAGAACUUUCAGAAUCAUUAAAAGCUGACCUGGCAGAUAAAGACUUCAGAGAAAUGAACAUAUCGGAGAUGACAUCGGAUGAAAUAAGGGAGGAACUCAGUCGUGUUUAUAUACAAAUGGGAAUAUUACGGGAUAAAACUAUAUGUAAGAAAAACCCUCAUAUAUCUAAACGAAAAGGUGGAAAGAAAUUGCCACAUAGACGAUUUUCAUUACAGAAGAAAGGAAGCAAAGACAAGUCAUCCAUUAAAAUUCGAAAAAAAAAUAAAGAACUAGAUUCUUCUGAAAUAAGUGAAACAAAUGAGACAAAUGAAAUCUCUAAAUCUCCAGAAGACUCUGUGGUCAGCAAUGAAGACGUUCCUACUGUUGGAGGUGCAUAUGGUAUUUGUAGUUGUCAUUCAACGACAGGGAUACAUCAGACUGCUUGCAACGAAUUUAAUGACAGUAAUGAUAACAACCAUGGUGAAGGAACAUCAUGUUCAAAAUCCAACGAKUUGACUUGAAGUUUUUGGCGUAGAGAGACUACAAUGUUCAUGAAAUAAGAUAGUUGGAUUUUAUGUGCCCAACGGCAGUUGUAUAGAUGUGUUAGUAUAUUAAACAUUUGUUAUAGAUUAAAUAAAUUCUUACACUAAUUGAUGAUGCACUUUUGCUAAAUAGUUAAAUUCUGAUCGAGACGAAAACCAAUUUUAAACAAAAAAAUUACUCUCAAAUUUACUAUCUAAAUCAACCUUAUGUUAAAAAUUACGAUACGAAAAAUGAUUAUUUUGAGGAUGCCUUACUCAUAUUUGUUGUUAUAUGCGCAACAUUUUAACAUAACAAAAUUACAUCCAGUAGUUCACGAUUAGCAUUGGUUUCAUUUUUAAAUUUUAAGGUGACAACAAUAUGUGUGGUUUUGGAUGAUUUUUUUUGAUGAUAAAAUUUUGAAAGAGUUUCAAAUUGAAUUUAAAAUAGAAGUWCCUAGGUAGUUAAACAUUAUUUUUACAACAUAAACUGUUGAAGAAUAGCAUUUUGUGUAAUAAAACAUUAAAUAUGUUGUUUACAUCCUAUUAGAGAAAUGUUUCAGGUCAUAAAUGAGUUAUGUAUCGAAUUUCAAUGCAUGUUUACCUGUGUAUUAAGCGGCUAGUGUUGAUAUCAUGUAGAUGAAUUACCUUUUACCUAGAUAGUUAUCUGACCUUGAUAAAUGAUGUACAAGUUAUCUAAUGUAGAGGCGUCAUUUCAGAUUUUUUMUGGCAUGCAAGGUUUUAAGUGGGUCAUUUUAAAUUGUCACCAGACCAUAUAAAAAUAUAUAUACGUAUAUACACACUAUCCUGUUCUUGAUCAUUUAUAUAUAUCAUAGACAAAAU